CAUCAUUUGGGACGCUACGAAGAUUGUAAAAAGUACCACUCUUUCACAGAAAAUCACGAGCUAUCGCUGCAAUACGGGGAAAAGAUGACGCGAGGGAAGGAAUUUGUAAGAAACGAGAGAAAAAGAAGUGAUAUUGAAACGGGGAGAGGUUGUUUUUCAGUCACCAAGAUGCUGCUCCUCGCAAUCAUUCUUUCGUCGUUACUAAUGCAUGGCAGAACGUCCGUGGGCGAUGAAUUCCCUGAUAUUUGUCACAACUUGACUCUAAAAUUAAACAGUUCAGUUGGCAGUAAACUACAUGCAGAAUUCAUUCAAUCUCUCGAUCUAAGAUGCGUGAGCAUUGCAAAUAGCGGUAUCGAGUACGCUGAAUUAAACGCUUUCGAUGGAAUACCAAAUCUGAUGUAUCUGAAUCUCGAGGGAAACUUGAUUGCACCGUCGGAUAUGUUCUCUUAUGGUAGUUUGCCAAACAUUAGGAUACUGCUCAUGAAUGAUCAAAUAGUACGACCUACCAGCGGAGUGUUGAUGAUAAACUACAUGUUUGAUCCACUGGAGUAUUUGAAUUUAAGCAAUAACUUAGGAUAUUAUCCAAUCACUGGGAUAUCGAGCAAUAUAAGUUAUCCUUUUCGAACCUUGAAGCACCUGGACCUUUCCGGAAAUAGAUUAACUUCAUUCGAUCCUAUUCAGUUAUGGAAUGGCACACUGACACAUUUGAGGAUUAAUGACAAUAAACUUUCACGUGUCCGUCUCAAUGAAUCAAGCAAUCUGAAAUCGUUAACGUUGGAUAACAAUAAACUUCGAGGUAUAGGUCGAGAUAGUCUUGACCUGACGGGUCUAAAGAGUUUGCAACAGCUUUCGGUAAUGAACAAUGAAAUCAAUUAUAUUGACAGGUUGGCAUUCAACGACACGGUUAAACUUCGAUACUUGAAUCUCUCGAAGAAUACUUUGGCAACCAUCUAUCCUGAAACAUUCGUGAAUUUGACUUCAUUGGAGGUUGCUAUUUUGGAUUAUAACAUGCUCGAUACAAUACCUUUCAAAACACCGUUGAACUUAACUGUCUUGUCGAUGGACUGCAACAAUAUAAUGUGUUUAUCAGCAUACUCCUUCGUGAAUUUGAUAUAUCUGAAGAAGCUGUCUUUGGCCGGAAACGUAAUCUCGUGCAUAGCCACGGACACAUUUCAGUCGCAGGAAAUGUUGGAAGAGUUGUAUCUGAAUGAUAAUCAACUCAAUUACUUGCCGGAAUAUUGGGGCAGAUACCUGAAGAGCCUUCGAUACAUGAAUCUAUCGGGAAACAAACUUACCAUCAUCAAUUACAUGUUCGAUACACCUAAUAUGCCAUUGGAAGCACUUUACCUUGACGGUAAUCCUCUCAAAUACAUCAAACCAAACGCGCUGAAGGUGGUACCACAAAACGUGACGAUUUACUUAAAUAUCGGUGAACCACGUCCGAAUAAUUUUUGCGGAGUUUAUCGAACUCCUCAAAAUUCUAUGCUCACGAAUGAUGUAACGCCAAUUAAUCCUUAGAGUUGUCGUGCAGAUAACAUCAGACAUACGUACUCGAAAGUUACCCGUACUUGUUAUUUUUUACAGUUCAGGGUAGUUAUUGUUCGUUUAUUAUUUAUUAUUAAUCACGGUUGCUAUCGUUAAAAUUACACAGUAGAUGAAGAUUUUCUUCAUAUUUUAAAACGAAUAUUUGCAAUCAACGUGAUCAAAUGUAAGAACUUGAAAAAAAGAGGAUUACGUGUACUCUUUACUGUGAGGGCAGACAUGAUAUGUGUUUUUAUUUAGACAGAACGGAGAAUUAUAUUUGUGGCUUACUUUUUAAUACAAUAAUUUAGGAAAAUAAUAUUCGAUAACUUAGAACUCGAUUAUCUAACAUCACAUGACCGACAUUGGAUAUUUGUCUAUAUACUUAUAAAAAAUAAAAUAAAAUAGUAUUUUAUAAAAAAUUUUAAUAUUUUUAUGUACAAUUUUAC